AUGUAUGCACAAAAUAAAGCGAAUAAAGAAGCAGCAAAUGAAAUAAAGCAGCAAAAAAAGAAAUCAUUAUUUGAUGAUUUAUUAUCUGAACCUAUUAUAACAACAAAACCCAAACAAAAUAUUGUAACUUCUCAUCAAAAGAAUAAUACAACCUCAAACACCAUUAAUAAUACAAAUACAAAAAAUACAAAAAAUACAAAUACAAAUCCAAAAACAAAAGCUACCACUACCACAACCACAAAUACAAAAAAUGAUGUAAACAAUAAAAGCACAGAUAAAAAAAAAGAUAAUAUAGUUUCAAACAGUAAUAAAAAUUUGGAAUUAGAGGAACCUAAAAAAUCAACAAAUAUUAAACCAACUACAACAGCAACAACCACAACAACAGCAACAACCACAAAGGAUAAUAAGAAAAAGGAAAUCGUUCCUUCACCAAAACAAACACCCAAAACAAACCUUUUAUCAUCAUUAACAUCAGCACCAAAAUCUGCAUCAAACACUACAACAACAACAUCAACAACAACACCAACACCAACAACUUCCCCAAAACCAACAACAGAGUUAAAAUUAAUAACAAAACCAACUAAACAAGAAUCUAAAAAAGUUAAUGAUUCAGCCAAUAUCUCAAAAAAAGAUAAAACUGAUUCAACCAAUUUAGAUACAACAAUAACAAAUUCAAAUAAUAAAAGAACAAUUGAUAAUAUAAACGUUGACCUAAAUCAACAAAAUAAAAAGAUAAAAACUGAAACACCAAAUAAUAAUAAUAAUAAUAAUAAUAAUACAAAUAUAAAUAUAAAUAUAAAUAAAAUUGAAAAACCAAUAAUAAUAAAUAAUUAUUCAGAAAUUAAACCUAUAUCAAUCAUUAAAGAGGUUAUUGAAACAAAAGUGGAUUCAAAUGGAAAAAUAACAACUAUUAUUAAUGGAAAUACUUUAAUUAAAGAUAUCAUUGGUAAUUUAAAUCAAUCAAAUAAUAACAAUAAUAAUAGUAAUAAUAAUAUAGAUAUAGAUCAACCAAUGCCAAAACCAAUAUGUCAAAAUUUAAUUAACCAACUUAAAGAACAAAGUGAUGAAUAUUUAGAAAAUAAAUAUAAAGAUUACCAACAAGAAAAAGAAAUAAAUGAAAAUGUUAUUGAUUUUAUUAAUAAUUUUGAAAAAUACUAUUCAUCCAAUAAUAAUAAUAAUAAUAAUAAUAAUAAUAAUAAUAAUAAUAAUAAUAAUAAUAAUAAUAAUAAUAAUAAUAAUAAUAAUAAUGAAGAAGAUAUAAAUAAAAAAUUAAAUAAAAAAAAGAAAAUUACAAAUAAUAAAAAUGAAGAUAAUAAUAAAAUUAAUUUAGAGGAAUAUCAAGAUUGUAUAAAUAAAUUAUUAGAAAUAAUAGAUAUUGAUAUUGAAUGUAAAAAUGAAUUUAUUAUAUUUUCAAAAAUUUAUCUCAGAUAUUCAAAAGUUCAAAAGAAAUUUUCAUCUUUAAAAUAUAUUCAAAUGUCAAAAAAAAGAAUUAAAGAAUUAUUUGAAUCAAUUGAAAUAUUUAAAGAAUUUUUAUUAAAACUUGUUAAACAAAAUAAAAAAGAAAUUAUUCAACCAUCAAAGGAAUUUAUUGAAAAAUUAUUAUUAACAAUUAAAUAUUUUAUAUGUAAACCAAUAGAAAUUGCAAUAUUAGUAAUGAUUGAAGCUGGUAAUAUUAAUGGUGGUAUAUUAGGUUUUGGUCAUUUCGCUAAAUUUAGUAUGGUUGCAAUUGGUUCACUUGGUAAAUUACAUUCAUUCAUUAAAACUUUUCAAUUAAAUAUAAAUGAAUCAAUUUUAUUAUUAAAUAAAAUAUCAAAUAAAAUUUAA